AUGCCUGGUGGACUUCACCCUCCUCUGGAGGUCUCACAGAACUGGCCGGCCCCCAACUUUGUGAACCCAGAGCUGCGAUCAGACGCUAUCAUCAUACUGGCCUAUAUCCUGGGACCACUCAGUGUGUGCUUUUGUCUCGUCAGGCUAUGGGUUAGGGUAUACCACCAGAAGAGUGCAGGAGUGGACGAUUGGCUGAUGCUGGCAUCUAUACCACCUACAAUUGCUUUGACAGCACUGUAUCCCCUUGCGACCAAGCAGGCUUUUGACAGACACAUCUGGGAUUUGGACAUCUAUUCCGACCCACGGCGCGCGGUCAUUGCUAGAAAAUACGUUUUGGCGACCGAGACUAUCUUUUGCGUCGCUACUGGGUUGGUCAAGGUGUCUAUCCUUCUAUUCUAUCGCAGACUGUCAUCUCGUGUGGUAUCACGGGGGUUUUUCUGGACAACCUGGGUUGCGAUUGUAUACAUUGUUGCCUACAGUAUCGCCCUGACGAUUGCUCCUAUUGUCGGCUGCCAACCGAUAGAGGCGUUUUGGGAGCAGUUUGACCCCAUCAAAAAGCUACAAGGGUACGAGUUCCAUUGCUUUGAUGAAGGUGCCGACGUCCUCGCCGCCAGCAUCAUCUCGGCGACGCAAGAUCUUCUCACUGCUAUCCUACCUACGUUUCUGUACUGGAACCUCCAGAUUCCUCUACGACAGAAACUGGCAUUGUUCGGCAUCUUUGCCAUGGGUUACGGCGUCGUUGCGCUGGGCGCGCUACGUGCGUACUACAGCUGGCACGCCUUUUAUAACACAUACGAUAUCACAUGGGCCACGUACGACCUUUUCCUCACCUCUCUCCUCGAGCUACACAUUGGCUCCUUAUGCGCCAAUGCGCCAGCCCUCAAAGUCUUCUUCAAGCAUUUCUUCAAGGAGAAGCUCACGUCAAGAUCACGAACCAAGACACCGGUAGACUCCAAAGACCGUGCUAGCCCAAACGGCUCAUCGAGACCAAGCAAGUCUAGCUUAUGGAGCAAGAUAAGCUCGGUACUUGAGACCGGAAACGAAAGCGGGAUGCGUAGUACAAGAGGAUACCUUGACUCUCAUGCCGGUAUGACGGUAGACUCUCACGGCGGUGUACUUGUCCAAAAAGACAUGCAGGUUCAUCACUCACCAGCAAGUAGCGUACCUGAAAGUCCUGCUGAAAGACCUGUUUUAUCGACGACCGAUGACAACAUUGUCGACCACUACUACGACGACAUUGAACUUGGUCUCUACACCACACGCAAUUCCGGUACAUCAAGUGUAUACUCGCCUAGGAGCUUUGACAAUGACGCUCUCACUGCUAUUCCACCGCUCCCUACAUCACCAGCAUUUGCUGCUCAUGAGCCUUUGACAGCACAACCCGUUUCUCCCACCGUCGCGGAACCUCCUAAGAGUCCGGUACUUCCCGUACCGGCAGUAGAAAAAGCGACAUUUCAGCGGGCUCCCACACCACUCCCAUCACGAACCCUAAGCCAUCAUCGACCAAGCUGGCAGACUUGGUAA